GGUACUCCAAAUCAACAGCAUGGUUUGACUGAACACUCAACCAGGUACAGCAAAAUAGAACCCCAAGGCAUGCAUCAACAGCUUGUGAGACUGAACGGCAUUUAUACUAAAAUGUGCGGACAACAACGUACUUGACGACUGUUUAACCCUCGGACUUUGCGGGCGAAAAUAGUCCAACACAUAGCUGUGUGAGAAAUCAGACUACAACGGGACACUGUACUGAUUCGUCCCGUAUAUCGUAACAGACAUCUUAAUGAGGAGAUUCUAUGAAGCUCGAGCUAGGCUUCCUCUUAAGACUAAAAUGUGAAGUUAUUUUCAGUCGGCACUAUGGACAGGAAAGUGAGUGUCCAAUGGUGCGCGGCAAUGGAAGUUCAGGAGAGUUUGGUCGCAGAAGUUUGCUAGCCAAGUUCAGCAGUGAAAGUGGCGCGGUGUGUUGACGUUACAUUGAACGCUUAAUCCUGGCUGCAGGACAAUCGCAUGCCUUUCUGUCAAGUGGAUUGUGCAGCUCUCGAAUAUAUUUUUGGCCUAUCUACGUUGUUCCAAGUCAUUAUGAUGAAUGCACGCAUGAUAUACUGAACAAAGAAAAAGCGAAGCAGCCGAAGAUGUUGCUCAUCCGGUACGCGAGACGACAAAGUUACGCUAUUCGAGUUUUCCAGGAUGUAUCGCGCGAAGAAGUGUUUGAGACGGUCAGGAACGAACAAUUCGGUGGCCCAUUGUUCUAUGGCGGUUAUCAAAUAUCUUGCUGCCGGCAUAUCGACGCGUAAAGCCCAUUGGUCUUUAUCAACUCAUCAUGUCGUCCGAGUUCGACGACUUGUCCUUCAUUGACCACCGCAAUGCAAUCAACGUUUCUGAUGGAAGAGAGUCUGGGAUUGCUCGACUCAACAAAGAAGCUUUCCAUCAAUGUGAGGUGAGCAAAUUCAAUCCUCAUACCUGUGAGCAAUGGUGAUGGUUGUCCUUCCACUGGAAGCAUUUUCAAUGGCUUUCUGGACUUCUUGCUCACUAUGCUGAAUCGAGCGCACUGGUCGCCUCGUUCAACAGGAGCAUUUUCGGUCGCCGGAUCAGCGCUCUAGCGAUGGCGAUUCUCUGAAAAGAACAGCGGGAGAAGUACAGCAAUACCAUCAUGAUCGGAAGACAAGCCAGGAGGAAGGGUUUACCUGUUUCUGGCCUAUAUAAAAUAGACGACGAAACCGAAAGCAGCCAGAGAGCAUUAGAUCAACUUAGAAUAUGCGUCAAGGAUAAUCGCCAUGACAUUACCUCCUGAAAGCUGGCCUCCCUUCAGACCCACACGAGUGUCAUAUCCUAUGGGUCAAAUGAUUUAUUGGAAAUGCUCUAUCUUUAUGGGGACAAGCGGUCCGGUUGCCAAUACCUUCAGGAAGGUCGCGGAUGAAAACAUCAGCAUUAGCCAUUUUCGCUGCUUCAACAAUCUCCUCCUUCAUGGAUGCCCCAUGCUCGGCGCCCCAAGCAAUGUUUUCCAUGAUGGACAGGUCAAAUAGAAUUGGCUCCUGUCCCACCAGAGCCAUAUGAGAACGCAGCCCGUUUCGGAGAUGGUAUUGCUUGAUAGGGAUAUCUCCGAUUCGUGCUUCGCCUGCGUUGACAUCGUACCAACGUUGCAGAAGACCCAAAACGGAGGACUUGCCGCAACCGGAGGGUCCGACCUGCCCGUGUCAGAUGAAAUAGCGUUUUUAAGACCCCGCCUCUGGAGCGAAAAGUCAAUUGAACAACACUACCAGCGCCAAGGACUUGUACGGUGCCCACUGUAAAUUGAACCGGCCGUCGAAGAUAAGAUCUGGUGAGGUGGGAUACGCGAAUAUGACGUUCGACAAUUUGACGCUAGGUUCAAAGUCACGAGACGCAAUUCCCGGAUGAUCCGCAUCAAUGAGUGUUUUGCGAUCCAGGAGAGCAAAAGUCUAACAUGAAACGAGGUUUCUAUUCGUCAGCGACGACCUGAAGACAUGUACAAGGAUUUCGUGAGGAGUGCGGAGGACUGCCGCAGAUUUCUUACCGAAAGGGCGGCAAAUUUUCCUUUGGCAAACGACGUAGCAAGCCCGGCAGAAUCCGCGAUCGAGAUCGUCGACAUUAACAUGCCCAUGAUUGCAGUAAGCAUGUUCGCUAAUGUCACGGUCCCCUUUUCCAUCAACAUGGCCCCCGCAGAAAGACCACCACAGACAGUGAGGGUAGUGGCCGCGUUCUGGAAUGCAUAUGGGAUACUGUCUAUGAAUGCGUUUCUCUUACUGAGAGCAAAUGGUCUUUUCAAGAAUGCUGCAACAUUUCACCAAUCAUGUGGUUCAGUGUUGGAUAAGUUAUUGCUGCUGGGUAAAUGUACAAUCGUUGCAAUACCUUCAUAACGCCUUACGGGCAACUCCUCCCGCGGAGAUCUUUCAGGGUCUUCACUUCCCGAAUAGACUCAAUGGCAAUCUGUGUUGAUUGCUCAAUAGCUUCCUUACUUGCGUCGACGUAUCUGGAAAGGGAAUAACUCUGCCAGAAGGAUGCAAGAAAUAUGAAGGGUGCCAAACCGAGCAUGAUCUGCGAAGGUCUUAUAUGAGCCACUGUACAAUAACACGGAGAUGGAGUUGUAUAACCAUACCACAGUCAUGACCACUGAGAAGCGAACGAUGGAGCGAUGCCAAACACCACCGUGCUGAAAUGCAAAAGGACAGUCGAUCAAACACUGCACACGAAUGUCGGCUUUCCACUACAAGCUGAGUAAACUCACAAUCCAUUGCGCGAUAACUCCUUCCGAAUGUCCGUAACCAAGUGAGGUACUCCCUCAACUAGGGCGAGCUUGGUAAUCAGGACUCCAACGGAAUUCGACUUCGAGUCAAAAAAACCAAUUUCUUGCUGUAAAAGACUGCCAAGUGUUGCCAGCCGCAGGCGACUGGUGAGUCUCGCAUUAGCCAAUCCGUAUGCCCAAGUGAGUCCCCACUUGAAAAAGAAGGCCCCCACUGCCAAACCAGCUGAACGAGCGGGCAGGGUAUUUAGAAAUCAUUGUCAGGCGGGGCACUUCAAUUAACUGAUUAAUACGAAAUAACACACCCAUAAACAUAAUCCACAAAUUGAUUUGAUCUUCUUGAUCAGGACUGGGGGUCAUCAACGGAGCGAUAGUAAGGCCGAGAAUCAUGGCAAAUCCAGGAAAGAUCUAGUUUUGUUACCAGAAUACGGGUUAGGGUUUCAGCGCUGUCAUGGAGUAAAUGAUAAAUUACGUUACCAUUCCGCUGAAGGGUUAGGGCCAAAAUUAGAGGUCAAAGUCAGGUUGUCAUUGUGUGAUCUGUACUAUAUUUGGGACCCACAUGUUUCCUUCUAUAAUAUAACUCUUUUGC